GUGUGUGUGUGUGUAUGUGUGUGUGUGAGUCAGGAGUGGUGUGUUUGUUGUAAGGAGAAGUUUCUAGUCAGCCUGAAAAGCAUUUAUUUUGCAGCGCUGAGCAUUUAAGGCCAUGUGUACGGUACUUUCUUUUCAUUGACAAUCAAAUUGAUCCCCAAACAAGUAACGGGAGUCCGGGAUCGGUUGUAAAAAAAAUUCACUUUUUUAUGUUUACAACAUUAUCUCAUGACAGCUAUUUUUUAUUUAUUAUAUAUUAGAGAUUUUGAUAGUUAUAUAAGAACUGCCCAAACCUGGUAGUCUAGAAGCUUCCUCUACCCUGGCACAGCCUUGUGAAAUGAUGGAGUUCUUGAUUUUCUGUAAGUAAAGUAGUUUAUUAAGUAUAAGACUGGCAGUGUGUUUCCCCUCACAGUCUCAGUUGUUAGAAUCAACAUUUUUGUUACAUUUGUUAAACAAAAUGAAUCUCUGUUAAUUACAAUUGCUUUCUUUUAGUUAACCCCUCGUAUAUGCUUCGCUUAUUUGCUAUGACCAGAAUAGGUGAUAUAUUUAAACUUGACAUCUUUAAAUUUUGGGGUUUCAUAGUAUUUUCCCUACAAGUUUGCAGAGUUUUGAAAUGAAACCCUCACUCUCUGUCCUGGUCUGCCCUCUCUCUCACUAUCCUCCUCCUUCCUUUUUCCACGGACAUUUUUCAGCUUUCCAUACUCCCUGCUGUGUCUCGCUGGCUGUGCCAGUGUUGUCCUCCCAGUGAGUUUCUAUCUGCCUCUUCUCUGCCACCAUCUGUUUCUCUCUCUGUCUUUCUUUCCCUCUGCCUUCCUUGCCUCUUUCUCUCUGUGUCUGCUUUACCUCAUCAUCCAUUCUAUUCUCUCCAUCUGUCUUCCUUCCUGUUACCACUGGAUCUCUCCUACUGUUUCUCUCUUCUUUUAACUUUGGCUAUUACUCAAUCUCUUCUUUGUCUGUCUCUUCUCUUAUCUCCAUCCCUCUUUCUAUCUUGCCUUUUUAACACCAUAUGAUGGACUCCGUUGCCUGUUGGUGUCUGCUAAUCCAUGGCCUCAGUACACAUCUAUUUUCUGCCUUACACAUUACAAACCUCUUUAGUACACACAAACCCUGCUGCUUUCUGUGUGCAUUAAGCUUAAUACAUGUGUGCCUACAUGCUUAGCUUAAGCCUGACACUAUACUAUAGUCCACUGUGGAAGCCUAUUGAUUUUCCCAUUUCUGCCAUACUAGACCUCGUUUUCAUCUGCCUCACUGACCUAUUAUCAUAUCUCGUUUCCACCAUAGCUCUCAAUUCUCUGUAGAAUAGAGUCAUCAUGCAUAACAUAACAAGUGUGCGUGGAAUUAUAUAUUUUUCACCAUUACUAAUUUAACACACAAAACCAGCCAAAUGCUGUAAUUCCCCUCUCUGUCUUCCCUAAACUGCAAUAAAACACUUUCCCACAGCUAGACAGCAACACAAACACACUCCUACCCACCUCUUUCCUUGUCUUCAGACAUGUAAAAAGUGGGUCAGUAGGAUGUUUGACGUCCCACACACCACACACACACACACACACACACACACACACACACACACACACACACACACACACACACACACACACACACACAGCUGGGAACAUGCCUCUCGUAUCCCUGUAAAAUCCCCAUCAUUCCACCACAACCUGCCUAAUUGGUCCCACAGAGUGUGUGCACGCUGUCGACGAUCAGCCAGUAUGUCUCUUAUGCCGGUGUGUGGGUGUCUGCUUAAAUCAGCUUGUUGCACUUUUGAUGUCUUUAAAGAUGCACUGGAGUUUGUUUUUCCCCUCCAUGAAUAUGACAGGUUGUGUUUUUAAUGAUGACCUGUAUUUGCAUUGCCGUUUUUAAAACAAUAAAACAUUAUGCAAACGGUAGCAAAUGAAAGCUACAGAAUGAAAAGCUGCAUGGUGAAAAUGUCAAACGAGAGUAAGGUUUAAAGGGCUUAAGCAAAAACAUUCAACAGAAAGAAUGCGCAGAAAUUUUUCAAAAGCCUGUUAAGAAUAUAUACAGUGUAUAUAUGUAUAUACAGUGGGUUUUCAUUGGUCUUUCACUAACUAAAUGUCUCAUAAACACUCUUUUGUACCAAACCUAUAACCCAAUUAAUUUUGACUUUGUGUACAUGUACAGUGAUCUUUUUCAAAUUGAUGUGGUAAGUUCAACUCUUUUUUUCUUUUCAAGUCUAUAUACUGUAGAUUACUUACUCAGGUGCACUACAGUCAUCUUUGUAGUGCUUUACUGUAGGAUCUGUACUAGUGUGCAUACAGAAAAUCAGAGGCUGUCGGGAUGUAAAAGACAUGUUUUGCAUGUCAUCUGUUUGAUGCAAGAUGUGACAAUCCCAUAUUGUUGUUUAUGCGUAUGGAUCAAAGCUGAGUUACAUAAACCUGGUGAUUCAUGUGUGGGCCCUGCUGAUGCGUCCACCACAGUGUAUAGUAUACCAAUGUGUCCUGUCAUGUUAUAAUCUGUCCUUUCCCUACCUUAGUGUCAACUUUUGUUGUUGUUGUUUCAUCCACCAGGGAGUGCUGAGUCCCUGAGUCAACACACUGCAUUCUGGGAUAAUCUGGAACCCUCUCCAUGGGCUGUACCACCUGGUGACGAACCAGGGGGUCUGGAGAAGUUGUGUUGAAUGAGGAUUGUGCUGGGUGUGGGCAGGCUUGCUUUUGCAAGGAAAUGAUUCCGCAUGAAGUGCGACGCACUCGGCCCCCCGUCGUCCUCGGCGGCAGCAGCAGGUGUGACGUCGUGACUCUCUCCCCUACCACACUGAGCUCACCCUUCAGUCGCUAAAGACCUCUGGACCAAACGGACCGCCUACCCCUCUCCUCUAAUCACCCCUCCAUAUCUUCAUCUCCAUCUUUAAUCCUUUCUCACCUGCUUGCCUGGAUUUCCUUUGUCAUCGAGAAAAAACCUGGUAAUCAACGGCCUUGGUUGAACUGUAUAAAGAGGGAAAGACAAGAAAAGUUCGGGAAUGUAAUUCAUAGCUAAUUAAAGCAAAACAAGGGACACAUCAUCAAAAGUGAGACAGGAAAUUGAAAUAAAAAGCCAGAGAUAGAAAAAAACAAAAAAAAGGAAAGAAAAAUCUACAGAAGGCCACAAAUCAAGGAACGAUAACACAAGUACAGUUGAGGGACGUGAGGCGGAGUCAGCAUGAAGUCCAACCAGGAACGCAGCAAUGAAUGUCUGCCCCCAAAGAAGAGGGAGAUCCCCUCCAGCACAUUACCAUCUGACAUUCGCUCACCUAUCCUCCCACCUGCCAGUGACUGCCAGCGCACAGAGAACAUGGCCUGGCUUGCCAGUGUGGCUGGUGGAAAUGAGAGUGGCAUGGGUGGACAACGUAGCUCCAGUCAGUCUGACAGCCUCCAGUAUAAACCCCUCUUUUCCACAUCAGACUCUUCAUCCUCCUCUUCCUCGUUGAGGCUAGUCUCAUCUCUUCCUGCCGUGUAUACGUCCCCUCUGUCACAGUCCACAGUUGGAGGAACUGUCCAUUACGCCCAACUGCCUCCCAACCUGCAGUUCGUAGCCCCAUACGCAGGCUACAUCUCCCCUCAACUGCUUCCACCUCCUCCUCCACCUCCCCCCCUCUCCUCCUCGUCCUCUCCUUUGGCCGCACAGAGACAGUCACACACAGAGACAGCCUCUGCUCCGUCACACGCCUCCAAACAUGACCAGCAGAGAGCAUCCACUGGGCGUACCUCCAUGCCUCCGCCUUCUACAGACCCCGCCCCUCACCAUGUUCAAAUGUCAACCUCAACACGGACUGUGCCGUCACCUCAUUACCAAGGAGGCAUUCACCUUCCUCCCCAGUCUCUGCACCCCCACCAUACUUUGGGACAUGGGAUGUCCCAGCUUGUGGUUCAGUAUACGGACGCACUCACUAGGAAAGAGGAAGUUGGCUCCAGACCCAGAGAGCUCCACAAUGGAGAGCUGGAAAGGGGUCGGCGGUUUGGAGCGUCCCCCGAGUCCAACCUCUCUAAGCCAGGGAGCAAAUCACGGGAUGCCACUUCGUCUUUGUCCUCCUACGAGGGCCGCCAGCUGGUUCUGCACUCAGACUUCUCUACUCACGAUCCCUCAGGGCUGAGAACCUCUUUUAUGCUAAUGCCCAACAGCCAUGGGGACCACCAGCUGGUACCACCCAGAGCCAGCCCUGAGAAUCAGACAACCUCUGCACACCUGGAGAAAGGUGGCAUCAUCCUGGGCAAGCCUGUCAAUCGCACACCCUCUUCCUCCAACAUCACCUCCUCUUUCACGUUUCCACCCCCAUUAAGUGUCGACAGCCUGAAAGCUGCUGUCAGCACACUGUCACCCCAGACCGUUAUCCAGACCACCCACAGCGCUACAGAGGCACUGUCGAUGGGGCUCUCCUCCACCAGUAUCUACCAUCAGCCACCUAUCAUUGGUUACAUCGCAGGGGGUGGUGGGAGCCAGCAUACGCCAAUUAGCUACCACACCAGCCUACAACAACACUUACUCAUUCCUGGCGCCCAACCGGUCAUUAUCCCUGUUAGUGGAGGGGGAGUCACCACAUUGGAUCCUGUAACUUCCCACAUAACAUCAUCUACCCAAGCCGCACCGUUUCCUACCACACUCCCACACACAUACAUUGCUGCCACUGCUCCCAAAGGAGAAACUCGAGAAGCCCCCAGUAGCUCAUAUCACCAGGCCGCUUCAGGUGCGGUGGUCCAAGCCCAGCUUCAUCUCCCCAUUGUUUCUGCUCCGCCAGGACUGGUCGCUCCUUCUGCUCCUCCCUCCUUAUCCAGUACAGUGGCGCCCCCCUCGCUCCCCCCGUAUUUCAUCAAGGGCUCCAUCAUCCAGCUGGCAGAUGGGGAGCUGAAACGCGUGGAGGACCUGAAGACAGAGGACUUCAUCCAGAGUGCUGAGAUCAGCACCGAGCUGAAGAUCGACUCGUCCACAGUGGAGCGCAUUGAAGGGAGCCACACCUCACCCAACUUCGCUGUGGUUCAGUUCUCUGUUGGUGAGCACCGUGCACAGGUGAGUGUGGAAGUCUUGGUGGAGUACCCCUUCUUCGUCUUUGGCCAGGGCUGGUCUUCAUGCUGCCCAGACCGGACCACCCAGCUUCUGGAGCUGCCUUGCUCCAAGCUCUCUGUGGGCGAUGUGUGUAUUUCACUCACCCUCAAGAACCUGAGGAACGGAUCCCUAAAGAAGACUCAGCCCCUGGAGUUGGCCACCCCUGCCUCUGUCCCAGCGUCCAGCUACGGGCACCUGAAACCCCCCAGAGCUGUCCCAGACACUCCCCAAAGCUGCAGUGGAGGAGGCUCCAGGCACAAUGAGCGGGAGAAUGGUAUCAGCUAUCGAGGGAGGGGUGGAACUGGGAAUAGAAGUGGAGGAGGCACCAAUGUGGAAAACGGGGAUCUCGUGUUUGGGGGAAGAGGGUCAGUUUCUAAAGGUCAGGUUGCCAACAGCGCUGAAGCUGGCGUCACUAAGCCAUCAGGACGAAGGAAGCGGAGAUGGUCUGCUCCUGAAGGACGAAAAGUAGAAAGAUCCGAGGAGGAGCCGCCCUUGACCCUGCCCAAACCUUCCUUCAUCUCUCAUGAGGUGAAAGUCAGCAUCGAGGGAAGGUCAAGUAUUGGCAAGUGAAGGCUAGCAGGAAUGUUCAAUAACCAUUGGGAUUUGAAAAAAAAGAAGAAAAAAAAGAAGGAUUCUGCAAGAAAAACAUGAACGCCCACAUUAAUGUUUCAUUUGUCUUGGUUUUAAAGUUUUGUUUUCCGUUUUUAUUUUUCUAUCUUAAAUACUGUACUGUAGAGGUAAAUUUACCCUACAUGGUAUCACCUUACAUUAAGUCCAUGUAGUCAAGAACACAUUUUUUCAUAGAUGGAUUUGAUAUCACACAAGCAAUCAGUGCCGUUUUGGUGGUUUUCAUGAGAUGACUUAUGGUGAGGGAUUUGUGAGGCGUGCUAAAUGCUUAUUGGUGGCUGUGUGGCACACAGGAGCAAUGCUUGAUGGCUCUUCUUGGCUGGCUACACAUUACACAUUAUGUAAAUUUCAAAUUAAAUUAGCUGACAGUUUGCCUCUUGACAGGGAUUUCACUGCCUUUGCACUGCCGCUGAGGCAGCCUGGACAAAAAAAAAAACUCUCUCCCACCAUCUCUGUGGUUUUACACUGGGCCACAGGAGUGGUACAAUGUCCGCUGAUCCUGAGCGUGACAAAUCUGUGGAUAAACCAUGACAUUUUUCAUUUUCGAAUAAACGUUCUAUGUGUUAUUCUAAGUGUCAUCGGGGUGUGCCAGACCUGACCAGUGAUGUCAUCAGGUGGUGCCAGUGUGCCACGCAAAAGGGAGGUAACAACACUUACUCUGUUCAGUUGGAUGAUAGUGGAUUCUUUACUUUCAUCUUGAUCAUUUUCAUUUUACUUUUUUUUUUGUCAUUAACCCCUCAUCUUCUAUCUCACCAGAUAGUUGUUUUCAAUGAUUGUCAAAAACCUUAAUCAGGGGUCAUUCAGUCCUAGAUUGAACCUAGGUGGGUCAAUGUUAAUGUAUAAAUGUGAGAUACCCUAUCCUAACACAUAUUCAAGUGCAAACACACUGGGUUGGCGAACUUAAACUUUAAGAAAAUGUUCAGAGGAAGACUGCAUACAAUCCUCAUUGUGUUUUGAUAAUUACUUUAUAUAUAUUUUUUAAUGGAAAAAGGCUGUGUGAGAGAAACCGAGAGAAUCUGCAUGUCAGUUCUGAGAGGGUCAGGAUGUUUCAAAGCACUUAACACACCUGUCACACUCACCAUACAGCCGAGAAACUUUAGUUGUCUCUUUAUUUACGCAGUACUGUAUGUUUUUAGAUUUUUUUAUUUUUUUUUUUAAGACAAGGGUAGAAAGUAGCAACAGCACUUUUGAAAGGUGAAGCUUUUGGAAAAGUGAAGUGGUGGUUUUGGAAAUGUGGUAGCGGACGUGCCAUGGGAUCACAAAGAAAGGGAUGAUUGUGACAGGUAUUGGAGGAAAAGAAAUCCAGUUAGUAGAUGGUUAGAGAAACAUUUAUGGUGACAAAAGGAAUUAGAAAUAUGAUGGUUUUCAGCACGUGUGCUUGUACAGCCAGCCUGCCAUGCUAAAAGUUAGAGGAAAGUAUUGGAAUGUGUUGUGAAAAGUUUGGGAUCUGGCAUAAGGAUUAACAAGAAACAGGCUUUUGAAAUAUCACAAUGAUGUUCUGUACUAGACUGAGAGCAUCGAUUAGAAGCUCGCGCCACAGAAUUUUGAAGGGUGUCAUGUAUUUGUAAUGUGUGUGCUAGAGGGUGCAUGAUGCUGGUCUGUGUCUGUCCAUACACACACACAUGCUUACACAAACACAAAACAGUACAGACCAUCCCUGAAACUCAAUGACCUAUAAUAUGUACUGUAUUUAGAUGAAUGCGGACACUUUGUGGUGCAUGUUGUUCCUACUGCAAAGACACUAGUUGACUGACAUUGGGUUGAUGCACACUGCUAACAGUACAGUUGCAGAGAGUGCUCUGUGGUGUGUUUGUGUACGUGUGUGAGUUUGUGCACGAGUGUAUGUAUACUGUGUAUAGGAAAAGGAUAUACUCACUUGAUAUAUAGACAAUGCUAAAUGUCCAGUGUUUCUACUUAGAGUCGUACUUAAUAGAAUCUUGCAAUUUGCACAUCAGGAGGAGGGAGAAGGGUGGAGACAUGAUUUUGAACCGCCCUGUCCUGAAACGAGCCCUAGACCACGUGACACACUGGACGAGCCCAGGGUUUUUGGUCCUCAACAGGCACUUGUCACAUUGUAGAGGAAAAGUUUUAACAACAAAGCAGUUAAGGUCAAAUUACAUUUUGAGUUUUUACAAACAUAACCGUAGCUGUAAAACAGAAUUUUAACAUGUGCCUGCCUACUGAAUUUACUGACUUUAGUUAAAGAUAUGCCAUUUGUAGUGUUGAAACCAGGGUGUAGGGACUAGGGUUCAGUUUUGAACACGGCCUGUGCGUUCAGCCAGCUGAAACCUUAUUUAGCUAAGAUGCAGCAGUUAUCUCAACAGAUGUGCCUGCUUGGUUGACCCAAGAUUUAGAGCUUUGCAAGCAACUGGUCUUUAUUUUCUUUCUUUUUUUUCUGCUCUAACAUCAGUGUAAUUGUAGUUGUUUUUAAAUCUAUCACUGAUGGUAGACGCAUGUGGUCUGUGUUUUAUUAUGUUCUGAUUGUAUGCUGCCAUUCAAUGUGCAGAUGUUUCUCUCAUUACUGCAUGUAACAAUGAAGUAUGAUCAUGCGCAGUAGUUAGAUCAGCAUGUACAGGUUGCUGCUGGCACAAUAAGUGUUAAGGAGGGAGAGAAGAUGUGGGUUCCUGCAGGCAUAUCUGUUGAGCUGUCUACUCGGCCUCUUUAUUUAGGUGUUGUUAUACGUUUUUAGUUGACAUUGUCUCCAAAAAAUAGUGGAUCAGUCGUAUUUUCUGUUUCAACUGUGUGGGGCAAUGCUGUUUCAGGUCGCAGGAGUUUACCAUGGUGAUGGCAGGAAGGAUGUGUGCUCAGAUGGAUGACGAAUGGUUGAGUAAAUGGGCAGAUGGAUGGUGAAUGAAUGAUUAGACCGCAUAUGAGAUUUAAAAAUGCUUUAUUUUUUUAUAAUAAAACAGGGUUUCUCACAUCAACACCACCACAGUACAUUUUCAUUUCUUCAUUUUCCUAUUGAAACAUCAUCAUCAUGACUAGUAGAAAUAGUAGUGUGUGCAUGUCUGUGUGUGUGUGUUUUGCAAUCUGUGUGUGGCUGUGUUUGUCAUACACACAUACUGUAAAUUUUUUUGUUUUUGUCCAACUCCCUUCCCAACAAAUGAAAAAGUAGAACAGCAACAUUGAAACAAACCUGUCAGCCACUCAGUCCAUCAAAACAUUUGCUCUCAGUCAGGUGAAAAGAUUUUUAGCCAAAGCCAAGUGAUACUGAUGUUGCUUUGGUUACUUUAGAAAGCAAUAGUACGGCAAUAUUCAGGCACUCUCCUUGUGUAUGAGUGGAACACACACACACACAAACACACACACACAUGCACACAGUCAAUCCACUCAAAUUCUCUGCAAUAAACAUUUAAUAGUAAUCGCCUCGCAUUGCAACCAAAACAAUCCCUCUUUUCCUCCAAUAGAGGGAAACCAAUCUUGCCAUAUACUGGAAAAUGCUUUUAGAAGCUAAUAUACCUGAACACAACUUAUUUCAGUUAGCACUAUUCCCCUUAACAUAAAGUACACUUAAAUCUUAAGAAAUUGCAGUUGCAACACCAGUUGCUAGUUUUUCAGGGAGUUGUCUCACAUAUGCAGUUACUGACCCCUGAAACCUCUGCUGUCCCAGCUGGUCAGAGUCAAGAACUCCGUUGUCACGACGUUUUGACUCUGCCCAGGUUUGCCUUGUUGCCACGACUCCCGUAGUGACCUCGUUAACUUUGUUUCAGGUACCCAAUCAUAGCCAGCCAGCCUCACACCUCCUCCAGAGGCAAAGCAAUCGAUUAACCCUCAACAACCGUUAGCUACCUUUCAGUGUUGCCUGGCCGGGACAUAGCAGGGCUGGCCUGGGCUGCCUGUUCCCCUCCUAACAUCAUCUUUUGAUAUUCGGUCUCCUUUUCACUACAAGCUUAUAAAAGUCCUUGUGUUAAUACUUAAGUGGGAAAUGCAUGCCUAAUAAUAGACUAUGAAAGAAAGCAAUCUGAAAUGUAGACGCAUUCUGAAUGCAGGAGAGGGAAUGGCACAUCACAGCAAGGUUUCAAAAUUUUUUUGAAGGUUUGGUGUAGUUUUACUUUUGUUAAGAUAAUCGCAAAUUUAACCUUUUUAAUCCACUUGAAAUGUACCACAAUGUGCAAUACUUACAUGUUGUUCCCCUCAGUACCCCCCCCCAUUUGCUGUGCCAAUUGUAUGUAGCUAGUCCUAGUCCUACUCCAGUGUCUCGUCCUUGUUAAUGGUGUGUCACAUCUGUAAAACAAGAGUCAGGAUGUUUGUGAAGAAAAACAAACCCAAUGGAGAGUUUAUCCAUAUCUCUCUUUCCCUUUUGUCCUUGCGGCCUUCCUAAAUUUGUGUGUGUGUGUAUGUGUGUGUGUGUGUGUGUGUGUGUGCGCACGUCCAUGCGUGUGUGUGUGUGUGUGUGUGUGUGUGUGUGUGUGUGUAACGGAGUGUUUUCUCCUGUAAUUGUCUGUGAGAUCAUAAACCCUGACCCUCAAUGGUUCAUGGUGAGACCCACAGAAAAAAAAUAAACCUCAUUGCUUAGUGGGGACCACUUUUUGUAAAUAAAAAAAAGAGAAAAAAAAGAAAAAAAAAACAACAACAACCAACCAACAGAGAUGCACAUGUAAGUAGAUGUAAAAGACUUGAUAAUGUUUCAGCACUUUCUAAUCCUAGGAUGGGCUUGGUCUAACCCCUCUGUCUCAGACCGACACCUACCCUAGGGGUAACAUUCAUUCAAAAUGGACAGAGAGAAUGAGAAUGGAAAAAGAGGGGUGAAUAAGGAUGAAAAAGAGAGAUGGCUAAGUUUAAGUUUUUGCACAUCACCAUGCCGUAACCUUGUGUUUAUCUGUCUGUGCUCCAUCUCGCUUGGCGCCCGGCGCGUUCUUGGGUCCAACGGGCCGAGGUGUUAGGUAGUUCCUUGGUUCUUUUCUACUAGGAAAACCUUUUCUCAUGGAAUGCAUCCCUUCUUUUGUUGUGCUCAGGUUUGUUUGAAAUCUUUUCCACCCUACACCAACCAGGCUGUGCCGUUAACUAGGUUUUGUUUUCUUCACAUUUUGAGAUCUAAUUUGGCAGACGUGUUUGUAAGGAGUUCGGCACAGCUCGAUUCGGUCGUGCGGUGUGAAGACGGUGCGUACAAACCUUUGCAUUGUUUGCAUUAUCUUUGGUGCAGGAGCUUUUUCUGUGUUUUUGGUCUCCUUGUAGCACUCAAUAUAAUGUCAGGGGACUUAAAACUCUGUAGAGAAUGUGUCAUUGUUGAGUUUUAAUGACAAGCUUCCUCACUGGAGGAACACUGCUUAUGUCUUUUUUUUUUAAUUGGCUUCUUGCACAAUUUUACAAAUAAAAUGAAUGUUGGUGUGUGAGCUUUGACUUUUCAAUCAGAAAAAAAGGCAUGAGUGCUCUUUGUUUCUUGAUGUUUGUACUUUUAUUUUGCAAAAAGGAUGUUUUUGGCACUUUGUUGUGUUUUAAAAGUGAACAGAAUUCGAUCAGGAUUCCUUUUUUUCAAUCUUUUUUUUGUAUGACGUCUCGUCAAUGUCCUUAGCGCUGGAUAAACAACUCAGGCAGAAAAAAAAACAAAAAAAAACAUGUAGAGGCCCACUUAACAGUUUAGUUUCACCCCAAUCAAUUUACACAGUGGGCUGUUUCAUAUGGGUUAUAAGAUAUGUAAAUGUAUUACAUAUAAUUUGAUAUGAUUAACAACUGUCAUUAUUGACAAUUAACUAUGAAUUAUUAUUAUGAUAUUAUGUGUAUUAUGCUGGAGAUGGCUUGGAUUACUCUUCAGUGUACUGAACGUCUUUGUUGUGAGUCUCUGUGCAAGGGGACAAACACUUCAGCAGGGGACAGGCUGUAUGCUUUGUGACCUCUGACCUUGCCCACUGCCACGGAGGGGGGUGGAGCUUAUCCGUCAGCUGUGGCUCAGUUGAUUCCUCCCCCCUGUUCUGAACACUCAGCCCUGAGGCUAGCAACCCGUCUGUCUAGAUGUUUCUCUGCUAACCUAGGACACCAAGUACUGAACUGAAACGUUUUGGCCCAUCAGACGGUAGCAGAGAACUGGACAUCAGCACAGACCUGCUCAGACAGUCUGUCCUGCGGGGGGGGGCGCAGCAGUUCCCAGCCAACUUGUUUGUACUAUAUUGUACUCACCAAGUCCCUGUGUCUCACCACCCGUUUACUCUAUAGCAAUGGAGAAACCCUGUCGGUGUAUGUAUUUGACAUCUGUACAAAUGCACCUCUUUGAAAAAGAAAAUGAAACCUUGACAUAUCUGGAAUAAA